CACAUUUCGAGACCUUUCGACCCACAUCCAUCUUCAUCACCCAGCGCUGACACUCGCCUGUCACCCACUGUCUUUCCAGCAGACGCACCGACGACCUCACGACUCUCAACGACCCGCCGACGCUCAGCCAACGCACGUUUCCAACGCGCCUUUGUUUCGCCUCACCCUGUCAUCAGAAAAGACGCGAGAUAAGACCUAGUCCCAAAAACGCCGGCUGCCCGGCCAGAGGCACACCCACCGAAUAUCGAGCGUCUCGUCCUCGAACGCGUGGACAACGACAAUGAAGAUCUUCAGCAGCUCCCACUCCUACUCGUACUCCUGGGACGAGGUCAGCACAUGCAACUGGCGGAAAUACUGUCCCUGGAACGACAAAUCCACGCAUGUAACAGCAGUCGACACGCUCUCACGGACACUCGACCCUAGCACCGGCAUUCUACGCACCGAACGACUCAUCACCUGCAAACAGUCAGCGCCACAAUGGCUCAAGUCAUUCCUCGGCAGCGGCGACACGAGUCAAGUGUACGAAGUCAGCUACGUGGACCCCAAAGCGAAGAAGGUUACAAUGUGCAGUCAGAACCUGACGUGGAGUGAAUUGAUCAACGUGCACGAGAAGGUUGUAUACCGACCUGAUCCGACACAAAGCGGGAAGACCAUUUUCGAGCAAGAAGCACGGAUAGUGGCGCUAUGUGGCGGAUGGCAGAAAAUCAAGAGCGCGAUCGAGGACAUCAGUGUGGAGCGCUUCAAGGAGAACGCUAUCAAGGGGCGAGAAGGAUUCGAGAGGGUACUGGCAAUCAGCAGGGAGGUCUUUGCCGAAGAGAGGAAGAAGAGGCAGCUCACGGCCAUGUGAGCGGUUCAACACAAGAGAUGAAGAGAGCGGAAGAUGCAUGGAGGAAGGUCGCAACACCCGACUCAACUGGUUAAUUACCGACGUCUAUGAUUGCGUUCAAGCGAAUGGGAAUGGUGUUCUUCACGGCCGGACUUUGGAAUACGGGACACUUUCCAAAAAGAGAGCAAAAGCAUUUGACGACGAAAGACUUUGCAUUUGAAAGCGCGGAAUAGGAUACCCGGCUGCGAUGAGCUUGUGUUACAAUUAUACAACGCGCGCGAGCGUGUAUAUAUUAUAGACAGUAGAUGGCGUAUCCCAUCUGAUAAACGAUUCAUCUCUCA